AUGGGUCGGGCUCGGGAAGUAGGAUGGAUGGCAGCAGGACUAAUGAUUGGGGCUGGUGCCUGUUACUGUGUUUACAAACUGACCAUAGGAAGAGAAGACAGUGACAACUUGGAAGAGGAGGAAGAGGAAGAGGAAGAAGAAGAAUGGGAUGACAGUGAAGACCUGGAUGAAGAAGAUCCUGAGAUGUGGUUUGAUUUCACAACUAUGUCUCGGCCCUGGAAGGAUGAUGGAGAUUGGACAAAGCCUGGGGCUCCAGGUGACAACAAGAACAGGAAUUCAGGAGGGGGAAAGGCCAAUAGAGGACACUUGUCAAAACAUCGUCCAUUCCCCUACAUACAUAAAACCACUAGUAGCGCUCAAAGCUUUAUUGAUCUGACCAAGAAACCUUUGAUUCAGGUGAAAGUGAGGUCUCAACCCAAGGAUGCUGGCUUGUACAUUAUCAGUGAUCACUUAGCCAGCCUCUCUAUGCUUGGAAACAUGGUCUCCACUCAAGAUCCCACAGUUAAGGUGAAGGCCAUCUGCAUUAUGGGUGGCUUGAAUAUGAGUGCUGAAAUUGAGGGCCAGAUUAAGAUGUCCAUUAACAGAGUGUAUCUCGAUUCUGUGUCCCAUUGCUGCAACUCAUUUCUGCAGCAGGCAGGAUUAAAUUUGCUAAUAAGCAUGACAGUUAUUCAUCAUAUGCUUGCCAAGUCUGUCUUGAGUUUGAAAUUUCCUCUGAAAUCAGAGGGAAGUAGAUGCGCUACGGCCCGGGUUUGGAAGCUGCUAGCAGGUUUGCCCGAAAAGCCAGCUUUGGCAAGAGACUUGCUCAGGGCCCACUUGCUGCUGUCAUUCAUGCCCCCCUUUGCCAGAAAGGGGAACAGGGAAAUUAUCUUGGAUUCCCUGGCCCCUUAA